AAACUCAUCCAAAAAUAAAAAUGGAUAAUACAAUAUUGGGCCAGUACACUACCAUGUGUUCGUUUCUGAAUAAUGAAUUUCGGUGCCCAAGCCUCAAAUCCAUAAAGAAAGGGAAAGAAAAGCCCAGAAGAAAAGGCGCUUUUGGUUUUGCUGGCUAUUUCUUUGAUUCGAAAACAGCGGCACCCUCUUUCGGCUUCAUUGUUUUCCCGCAACUCUACGAUGCAUCCUAAUCCGUAAAUUCAGUUAUCUACUCCCCAAAAUGAGUUGAAGAAUACUACUAAUGUGGGAGUGGAGAUGGCGAGGAGAUCUCCCAACUUUUUCCUAAGGAAGCACCGAAAAUGGCCGCUUAUUUCCUCUCACAAAACUAAAUGGCGCCAAGCUUUCACCCAAAAUCAACACAUGGUAUCCUUCAAACAACUCGUUGCCCAGCAUAACCCUCUUCAACCUGACUUUGUCCCCUCUCUAUUACGCUCUCUUAGCCUCUACAACCUCCACCAAUCCCCUCAAGCCUAUCAUUUUCUCAUCAAAACCUUGCUCCAUAAUCGACACUUCCACCACAUUCCUUCCCUGCUCCAUCACCUCCAACUCCAACACUUUCAAACGCCCGAGUACAUUUUUACCCACCUCGUCAAAUUCUAUGGCAACGCUAAUAGAAUCCAGGACGCGGUUGAUAUUUUCUACCGAAUACCCCAAUUCAGGUGCUUCCCUUCAGCUUAUUCUCUCAAUGCUUUACUCGCACUUCUUUGUAGAAGCCAACGUGGCCUUAAGCUACUCCCUCAGGUUCUCUUAAACAGUCUGCAUAUGAACAUAAGACUGGAAGAAUCUACUUUCCGUCUACUAGUUUGCACUCUUUGUAGAAUGAAAAAGGUUGCUUAUGCUAUAGAGAUUCUACAACGUAUGUUAGACGAUGGACUUGGUGCCAAUGAUAAAGUUUUCGCUUUUGUGCUGUCAUCAGUUUGUGCUGAGGGUGAUUUGGAUGGUGAAGACGUUAUUGGUUUUUGGAGGGGAUUGCGAAAGCUUGGGUUUUCUCCCGCCAUGGGUGACUAUGAUGGCGUGAUUAGGUUUUUGGUGAAAAAAGGGAGAGGCUUGGAUGCUUGGGAUGUUCUAAAUCAAAUGAAAUCCGAUGGAAUAAAGCCUGGUAUUAUAUCUUACACUAUGGUCUUAAAUGGGUUAACUGCUGAAGGAGAUUACGUAUUGGCAGAUGAGCUGUUUGAUGAAUUGCUUACGUUGGGUUUGGUUCCAAAUGUUUAUACUUAUAAAGCCUAUGUAGAUGCUUUAUGCAAGCAAAAUAAAGUUGAAGAGGGUAUCAAGAUGGUAGCCUGUAUGGAGGAGUUAGGGUGCAAACCUAAUGUUCUCAUUUAUAAUACGUUAUUGAGGACAAUUUCUAAGGCUGGUGAGAUAAGUAGAGCUAGGGAGCUUGUUAAAGAGAUGAAAUAUAAGGGCAUUGAAAUGAAUUGGGUUUCAUAUACGAUAAUAAUUGAUGGUUUGGUAAGUAAUGGUGAAAUUCUUGAAGCAUGUGCUUUGGUGGAGGAAGUGUUGCACAAGUGUAUUUUCAUCAAGAGUUUGACAUUUGAUGAGGUAAUCUGUGGCCUAUGCCAAAGAGGAUUAGUUUGCAAGGCACUGGAAUUGCUUGGGAAAAUGGUUGAAAGGAGUAUUUCUCCCGGGGCUAGGGUUUGGGAAGCACUUCUUCUUAGCUCUGGACCCAAAUUUCAUUUGGUAAAUCCACUUUAAAUAAUGUUGCAAGUUAGAGAGGUCUACCAACCUUGUGUUUUCGGAAUCAAAGACCAUUUCUUAGACUUCUCACUUUUGUUCCUUAAAGAAGGGUGAGAGUGAGAAAGACUUGCAGUAGACGCAAAGAGAGACGAGCAAAACAAAAUUCUUAGUGGUUCAUAGUUGGUUCUGGUAGAGAUGUAUCUUUUGACUUUAAAACAUAGAAACAGAGAAGUAAACAAAAGAUUAAGUGGAAGAAAAUGGCCGCUGUCCCAGAUUCCUAGUAGAUGGGCAUACAGCAGAUAACAAGUGGAGUAUAAAUGAACCUCAGGUUUGAACUAAGGAGUUUAGCUUUGCUAAUUUCUGUUUUCAUUUCAGGAUUAAUUUUUCAAGUCGGAACAUUUUAUGUAAUGUAAUUUUUUGCAAUUGCUUUUCUUGGUUUGUUAUCUGAAACUAAACAUGUAUUAGAUGGAAUAUGGCUGUGAAGUAAACACCUGGGUUGAUAUGUGGCCAUUCUCUUUUGACAAGUGAUUAUAAUUUUUACAUUUGUCUGGUUGACUAAGAAAAAAUACCAUCUAAUCGUGAAAAUGAAAAGAUGGGAGUGGGUCGGAGAAAACAAGAUUCUGGUGAGUUGUGCACCAAACCAAAUCUGAUGAAGGGGUAUUGAGAGAGCAGCAGCAGUAAUAUUGUAUCCAUUCAUAACUUUCAAUAUUCUGAUUCGCCACCAUUUGGGUGAUAAAAUUGGUUUCAAAUGGAAAUGCAGUAGAAUUAUCAGAAGUCCUGGUAGAGUUACCUUCGGAAUGGUUCCGAAUGCCUGAGGAUGGGAUCUGCCUCUUCAUUUGUGGUAGCUGCUGCAACAAUAGCAGAAGUAUAUUCCAUUGUCAGUCCUGCGAAGGAGUAUGAAAGUAACUCUUAAAUCGACAUUGAAUCAGAGGAUCCUAUAUACUUAAUGAUAGAGCUAAUUAUUCCAGCCAACAAAGUAAACCAUUAGAGAAAACAUUUUCUUUUGUAAAAAGAUCUGAACAGAGGAAAUUUUAGUAUGCACCGGUUUAGAGAUGGCUUUUGUAUGCCUUUCUGGAGGACAUUAGGGGUAGCUUAUCUGUUUGUUUUCUGUUUCUUUUGUGUUUUUGCUUGUAACACCUAUAGGCUUUGCUUCGGGAACAUUUAUAUUCAUAUUAAGUCGUCUUUUAAAGUCCAUAAA